UAAUAUUGUCCAAACUGAGAACCCUUAAAGGUUCAGUUGAACACCAUGGCUUAUAGUGUGGACUUACAUAUAGAUGCUGCUGAUGCUAUUCCAGUGUUUAGUGUUUUUAAUUCCAGUGACGAUGAUCUUACUUCUCCUGAUUCUUGCUUUGACGAAGAUUUGGUCCACAAUUCCUUUGCCAAUCUCAUCUCUGAGCAGAGUGCCCUGGAAUCUGAACCAUCAGUGAUGAUUGAGAUGGAAGGUCUGCCUGGUGCAGGGAUAGAAAAUGUAGGUUAUAUCAGAUCACCCCCUCGUGCACAAUGCAAGCUCAAUGAUGACUGCUAUGAUCCUGCUACUUUGAAAGUGCUCUCCUUCAUGCCCAGCAGAACUAUAGGUCGUUCUCGAGGCGCAAUUAUCUCGGAGUACUACAAUCGCACUUUAAGGUUACGGCGGCAAAGGGCUCGGCCUGCUCUGAAAGAUAUGUCUCGAUCGAUGAGACCAAGCAUACGGGAUGUAGCUGCAUUGGAUGAGAAUUGUGAAGAAGAAUUAGAAAAGAAGAAGCUGUUGACUGAAUUGCAGCAAUUGACUGGGAGUGAAUGCACCAGGGUGUUACGGACCAUGCCACUGAACCUUUCUGUGAAAAGGGAACUAAGACGUAUGACAUCGAACUGUAAAGAUCACAGCAGUGUCCCGCUUGAUGAGAAUUUAUCAUGUUGGAGUCACACAAAGUACACUCUAAUCAUUGCUGUCAGGCAAUGCUGGUAUGGAUUUCUUUCCCUUCUGCAUGCGUUUCACUUAAGGCAGAUUGCCCUGAAACAGAUCAGUGGCCGCUUUGGAACAGGGGUGCUUUCAUAUUUCAUCUUCCUCAAGAUGCUGCUGAUAUUCAAUGCUUUCCACCUUCUCAUGAAUGUGUUCUUCAUUGUCAUUCCCCAAGCUACUCAUCCCCCUAAAGUCCCAGAAAGGCAAUUCUUUGGACUGGAGCUGCUGACUGGCAUUGGAUAUUUCACAGACACGGCUCUAUACUAUGGGUAUUAUACAAAUAACACUUGGAGUAUCUUGCACGGACAAUACAAUAAGAGUGCUUCUAAGCUGCCAUAUAAUAUGCCAAUAGCAUAUAUUUACACGAUUGGAGGUUCCUUCUUCAUCACCUGCAUAAUCCUGGUCCAUUGCCUGUCCAAAGCCUUUGGAGAGAGUUACAGAGUGGGCAGCACCUACGGGAAUCUGGUGACGAAAGUAUUCUGCUCUUGGGAUUUUAAAAUGACACAGAAACAGUCGGUUGAGUCAAAUUAUGAGAACAUCAGCACCCGGUUAAAGGAGUCUCUUACUGAGCACAAAUUCCGUGCAACUCACUCAAGUAUUACUCAAUGGAUGGAAAAUCUAUCAGUUCAUAUACUGGGCUGGAUGCUGUCCUUGGGGAGUGUUGUCGGAUGUGGUGCUGGAAUUCAUUACUACUCAGAAAGCAUGCUCAAGGAUUAUUCACAAGAUAUCCAACAAGGAAUUCCUGAGAAGCUAGUAGAGAGCAGGCUGCUAACACUUCCUUUGAUUGUGUCAGUCAUUAACCUCGUGAUGCCCUACAUUUAUAAUCUAAUUGGGUUACUGGAAAAAUAUGACUUCCCACAACAACAGAUCUACGUUUCCAUUACCAGAAAUCUGCUUUUGAAGUUAGCCAUUUUAGGACCACUUUGUUUCCACUGGAUGGGAAAUAAGUUAAAAGAGACAGCAGAAAUACCAUGCUGGGAGACGUUCGUAGGGCAAGAAAUAUAUCGUUUGCUGGUGGUAGAUUUUAUAUUCAUUAUACUGGAUACAGUUUUUGGAGAAUAUGUCUGGAGGGUCAUUUGCAUUAAACUGCUGAAAAGGAAGAGAAAACCUGAGUUUGACAUUGCCAGAAAUGUUUUGGAUUUGAUCUUUGGACAGACGCUCACUUGGUUGGGCCUCGUGUUCGUACCACUCCUGCCUGCAAUUCAAAUGAUCAAAUUUAUUGUUAUCUUCUAUAUUAAAAAGCUCAGCUUAAUGAAGAACUGUCAGCCUCCACACAAACUCUGGCAUGUAUCUCAUAUGAUGACUAUCUUUAUUAGCCUGCUGUGUUUCCCAUCGUUCCUUGGAGCCACUGUUGUUUUUUCUUACACUGUGUGGUACAUAAAGCCAUCAUCAUCUUGUGGCCCCUUCCGAUCACUGGCAACUAUGAGUGAUUCUAUAACAAACUGGGUCCAAAAACUGGAUGAGAACGGUUCUAAAUUUUUUAAGUAUUCGUGGAUCUUUGUGAGAAAUCCUUUCAUCUUUUUCUUGGCAUCAGGAUUCCUACUAAUAUUGAUUUAUUUUCAUUGUCAAGUUGUGGAUGGUCAAAGAAAAGUAAUUAAGUUAUUAAACGAACAAAUUGCAAAUGAGGGAGAAGAUAAGAAGUUUCUUAUUGAUAAACUCCAAGACUUCAACAGGAAGAAAUUUAAAUUUCAAAAGAAGAGACUCACACAAAGGGAAAAUGAGGUCUAUUCAGACAAUUACUAGAAGGAAAGAAGAUACCAGUUUUUCUUCUGGUUGUGUUGACAGAACUAACAAGACCAAAAUAGUGAAGCAGCUGAUAUGACUUGAUUCUGUGAAUUAUUAAGGGAUGCCUGGAAUUGUAUCUUUUUUUUUAAUGAGUCAUUUGGCUGUCUACACUAAGUUGUAAAGAUGCAGCAUGUUAAACAAAACUGGAGUCACUGCAGCAGCAAAAAAAUUGCAUAAUGUGAUAUCCACUUCAUAGCAUCUUUCAAUAUGAUAUUACAAACUGAUUUUUACUUCUUCACAUUUUGCUUUGUUGGACUUUAAUUCUCUGUAAGUUGUCUUCCAGGUUUGACUUGUGUCUUUUCUUGGAUGCAAAUAUCAGUCAGAGAAGAAAUCUGCUGCAACUCCUUGGGAGUUUCCAUGUUGAAUCACUUUAUGAAUUGUAUAAGUGAUUAUUUCCUUGUUGACAGAAAUACAGCUCUACCCAUAUUUCCCUCCAAGAGCAUUGAUUGUGCUGUUGUGGAAUUAUGCAGCAGCAAGUAUUCACACAUCAAUGUGUCACUGAAAUAUAAAGCAAAAGACUGUGUAACAAUUAUAGGUCAAUUGUAAACAUUCUGCCUUUCUUAUUUAUAAUGUGGAUGGCAAUUCACUUAACAGUAGCCUAAAAUAACCUUCAGCUUUCAAAGUAACAUGCAGCAUUAAGAAUUAAUUUAACUUCCACAGGUAUAAUUUGUAAUUAUAAAUGCAGAUAUUGUAUGCUGACUUCAAAGUGACCAAGAACAAAAGACAGAUUUUUAAAAAACAUUUCCUUAGUUUACAGUAAAAGGAGCCAAUUAGUUGCUCAUGUUUUUGUUCCUUAAAAUUCAGAAUCUAGCUUUAACAUGACUAAACCCCACUUUGUAGUAUGUGGAGACCAGGCUAACUAGAGAUGGACAAUAUCGUCACAGAAGUCUGUGAAUUUUGUGACUUGAGCUGUUGAAUAUCAUAUGAAGAGUCAUCAGAAAUUCUUUGUAUUCACUGAAAGAAAGAAAAUGCUCUUUUCAAAGUGCUGCAACUCGGAUAUGUAAUACCCCCAGUUUGGGAACUUCCAGAUACUUAAACUUCUUUUAUUUUCAAGUAUUGAUCCAUCAACUUCAGGUGAACUGUUGACUUUCUGAGCCAGAGAGUGAAAAUGUUUGGUUUAUUUAUAAGGCAUUGUUACAACCAGAUUAGGAAGUGUGAUGUGAUUCCAUGUCCCACUCCUUUGCUGGUCACAGCAAUUUUUUAAAAGAAGUGUGAUUGUAUUGCCAAUUAUACACAUCAGGUUGUAGAUAGCACAAUAUAGUCAAGUCAUCCAGGUUCUUAAGUAAUAAAUAGAGAACUAAUUUAUGUCAAAUAAAACCCACUUGAGUAAAUAUAUGUAGCUACCCUGUUUGAAAACUAACACACAUGCAUACUUCCAAGUCUAGGAAAGCAAAAAAGAACACUGUAAAGUGUAAUCUUAAAAGUACUUGGCCAAGUGACAGAUAAUGUCAUGAAAAAGAAGAUGCACAGUUUAUUACAGAUGGUGGUCUGAGGCCAAAAUCACUUUUGCCACAAGCUGUUGGUACUUGGAUUUCUUCCUGUAUUGGUUUUAGCUGGAAGAAUUCAAUUGUUCAUGGAAACAGCAGGGGCAGUUUCAGACAUCUCCUUUUGGGAACCGUGUGCUUGUGGUGAUGAACCUUUCAAAUGGGUUUUCAACUGUCACACUUUUGAAAGGGUUUUGGAGAAAAUGUGGAGGGCCAAAUUUAUUACGCAUGAAGCAAGUUAUCUCAGAUUGUCAAAGCUAAUCUCUAGCUUCACCACAAAAUGGAUCAGAUGACCACUGUCAUAAAACAUUUUAGACUUAACAUCUCUGAACAAGCAGCUUGUCCACUUUGCAAAUACAUCAUUUGCAAAUCAGGUGGCACAGUGGCUCAGUGGUUAGCACUGCUGCCCUGCAGCACCAGGGACCUGAGUUCGAUUUCAGCCUCUG